ACUUCCGCGCAUCUACGCGGCCGGGACUGCCACUACCUUUCUGGAAGGCGCCGGCCGGCCGGUCCCGGCUGGAUCCCGCCACAGGCGUCCCCAGCUGCUGGGCAGGGACCGGGGCGCCCCGCCCUCCCCAGCGCCCGCCCCCGCCCGCCCCCGGCCCGCCCUCAGCAUCUGGCCCCCGGGCCGCGGCCCCAGGAGGCGGCCAGCGAGUUGGGGCCGCGCGAUGUCGCACGGAGCCGGGCUCGUCCGCACCACGUGCAGCAGCGGCGGCGGCGCGCUCGGACCCGGGGCCGGUGCGGCCCAGCCCGGCGCGAGCCCCCUGGAGGGGCUGCUGGACCCCGGCUACCCCCGCACCCACGCGGCCCUGCUGAAAGUGGCGCAGAUGGUCACCCUACUGAUUGCCUUCAUCUGCGUGCGGAGCUCCCUGUGGACCGACUACAGUGCCUACAGCUACUUUGAAGUGGUCACCAUUUGCGACUUGAUAAUGAUCCUCGCCUUUUACCUGGUCCACCUCUUCCGCUUCUACCGAGUGCUCACUUGUAUCAGCUGGCCCCUGUCGGAACUUCUGCACUAUUUAAUCGGUACCCUGCUCCUCCUCAUCGCCUCCAUCGUGGCAGCUUCCAAGAGUUACAGCCAGAGCGGACUGGUAGCCGGAGCGAUCUUUGGUUUCAUGGCCACCUUCCUCUGCAUGGCAAGCAUGUGGCUGUCCUACAAGGUCUCCUGUGUAACCCAGUCCACAGAUGCAGCCGUCUGACGAGGCCACAGCCCCUUGGCCCCUCAGGAGCUUUGCAGAGAGGAGGACAUGUGCCCCAGGCGAGGCCUCUGGACCUGUGUUCCUGUGCCAAAGUCCUGCCAGGCUGGUGGGCACCAGGAAAGGCCUGCACCCUCUUCCUGCUUUCCCAGGAAGCCAGCUCCCUGAGCGCCUGUAGCCUCCAGGGAAUUCUGUUUUCGGCCUUCCUGCUUCUAGAACCACCUCAGGUACUGACACACCCCACUUAGCACAGCUGGAGGGGAUUGUGAAUAUCCCUGCCCGAAUCCCUUCUACUUCUCACUUCUCAGGGGAGUGAAGCCUUAAGAUACAAAGCCCCCUCCUAAUUUAUCUGGUUGUCAGUCGGUCUUAGAAAUACCCACUUUCCUGAAGCGAGGCGUGCCUGUAGAAACACUAUGUGGUCAGCCUGUGCCCAAGGAGACCUCGCGUCUCCUCUCCGUCUCUGCCUCUGUGACCAUUGUGCAAGUGUUUGUGUGUUUUUUAAUAAAAUACUGACUUGGCCAGUU